GAAUCAUACAUUUUUUUUCCAACAUUGUAAACCUAUAAUUUGACAUGCAUUGUUUCCUUGUAAGGAGGAAACUGUCUAUAUUUUACAUAAAAAAUGUGUCGAUGUGACUAUGAAUAUUUGUAAAUAUUUACGCUUCGCCUUUCUCUAGAUCUCUGAACCAAUAGCUGGCCAGAAAGCACACAUCAAAGCGGAGCUCAGCCAAUCAGAGCUGUCCUGAGCAAAGCGAGGAGAAAGUUGUACCUGUGUAGUAUUUAAUUGAAUGCGUCUCUUCUAGUCUUGGGCAUUUCUUGACCGGAGAGCUCGUGUAGUUUGGAUAUUUUUUUCCCCUUGUUGGAGCCACUUGGAUAGCAGAAUGGCAUCUGGAGCCAGUGACUGUUCGGAAAAGAGCAUCCAGUAUCGGGUGGAUCAUUUAUUAAAUGCGGUAGAAAAUGAGCUUCAGGCUGGCAGUGAGAAAGGAGAUCCAACAGAAAGAGACCUUAAAGUCAGUUUGGAUGAAAAUGAACUCUGGCAGAAGUUUAAAGAACUGACAAAUGAAAUGAUAGUGACCAAGAAUGGCAGGCGCAUGUUCCCAGUGCUAAAGGUGAAUGUGUCCGGUCUGGAUCCAAACGCCAUGUACUCCUUCUUACUGGAUUUCGUGGCAGCAGACAAUCACAGGUGGAAGUAUGUGAACGGUGAAUGGGUACCGGGUGGCAAACCCGAGCCGCAAGCGCCAAGCUGCGUAUACAUCCAUCCAGACUCGCCAAACUUCGGUGCGCACUGGAUGAAAACCUCAGUUUCCUUCAGCAAAGUCAAACUUACCAACAAACUGAACGGAGGUGGUCAGAUUAUGCUGAACUCGCUGCACAAGUAUGAGCCUCGUAUCCAUAUAGUGCGCGUUGGUGGUCCACAGAGAAUGAUCACCACUCACUCGUUCCCUGAGACACAAUUCAUAGCAGUUACUGCCUACCAGAAUGAAGAGAUUACAGCUCUCAAAAUUAAAUACAAUCCAUUCGCCAAGGCUUUUCUGGAUUCCAAAGAAAGAAAUGAUCAUAAGGACAUAAUAGAGGAUGUCAGUGAAAGUCAACAGUCUGGCUAUUCUCAAUUGAGCAGCUGGUUUCUGCCAGCCACAGGGUCUCUCUGCCCUUCUGCAAACCCUCAUGCACAGUUUGGCAGCCCGCUGUCUCUGUCCUCAUCCCAUGGCUGUGAACGUUACUCUACUCUGAGAAGUCACAGGUCCACACCGUACCCCAGCCCAUACGCCCACCGGACAGCCUCUCCCACCGGUUACUCUGACAGCUCCACCUGUCUGUCCAUGCUGUCGACCCAUGAUAACUGGUCCAGUCUACAGAUGUCCUCCCACUCUAGUGUGCUCCCGAUGGGCCAUAGCUCUCCCCCAAACUCAAACUCCAGUCAGUACACCAGCCUGUGGUCCGUAGGGAACUCACCUUUGACCCCAGUGUCUCAGACUGGAACUAUGAGCAGCAGUGUGAGCUCCCAGUUCCUCCGUGGCUCUGCCAGUCACUACAGCACCAUGGCUCACCCGGUCACAGCGCCCUCUUCUGGCUCUCCUUUAUAUGACUCCACUGCUGUGUCUGAGGUGCAGGAGGCCUCACAAUAUGACAGUUCAGCACAUGUACGUCUUCCUACAGCCUGGACCCAAGUCACACCACCCUCCUUAUAGGACAUCCACCCUACGGACUAAAAUUAACAUUAUCAUUGCUUUCAUGCAAUAGCUUUUGACACCAGCAUAUUUAGUUACUGGAUUCUCUCUUUUUGCAGUAGAAGUGACUCAAGAUUUGCAUACAAAACUAGCUUUACAUACAAAACAAAUUUCAGCAAUGGUACGCUUUAUAUACAAAACUAAAGCAUAUGUUGACAUAACCAAAAUCUUCCUAUAAAACUUAAACAAGCGUUAUAUGAUUUUGUCAUUAAGUACUAUGUGGGGCUUUUAAAUAUAACAAGUCAUUGUUUGAAGGCAUAUUGUACAUAAGGUUAUUUAUGUAUUUUUUUGAAGAAUACUGUAUGUGCACAAAUGAGCAGACAAUCUAUUGUAAAAAGUGUAAAUGUCAUUUCUGGGUUGGAAUUCAGAAUGUAUAAAAAGGCAAAAGUUCUAUGCAUUAUUAAACGCAUUUCUGUACAUUUAUUUAACAA